AAUAGAUGAAGCGCAUCUGGACAGCUGUGCUGAGAAAGUUUGUGGGCCCCUUCCCGGCCUGCCAUCCGCAAGGCACGUCUCCCACGUCGCCUCCUGCUAGCCACUUGCUACUUAUUUAUUUUUUCCCAAGAAGCAAUCGGCAAUCCAAGCUUGAACCUUUUUAUUCCGGUCACCCUCACUCCCCAUGCUAGGCGAGGCCACAUCACAUUCAACACUGUCUAACUUUAAUGGGGCUUUGCGAUCCAAAGAAUAGAAACAGCAACAAAAACCCAGCCGCCGUCUGAUCCUAACUGUCACAGUGGGGAAAGUAGGGUGCUGAGAGAACGAACCAAGCUGGGUCAUGGGGAGUUUCAAAGGGCAUGCCCUCCCUGGAACCUUCUUCACUAUUAUGGGCUUUUGGUGGCUUACAAAGAGUAUUCUGAAAUAUGUCUACAAAAAGCAAACUCGGACCUGCUACCUGAGUUCCAAAACGUUAUUACGUCGAGCAGAGAUUUGGGAAGGAAUUGUCGCAGUCUUGAUGGCUUUUACUGGUAUGGCUGGGGAGCAGUUUAUCACAGGCGGACCAUACCUGAACCUGUAUAAAGACGGCCAGUGGAACCAGCUUCUGGGCUGGCAUCACACAACCAUGUACUUCUUCUUUGGGCUAAUGGGGAUAGCCCAAAUCUUAUGUUUCACUACCAACUUAGUUCCCAUUUCUUUAAGCAAGUUAAUGUUAUCAAAUGCCUUCUUUGUGGAGUCGUUUAUCUUCUACAACCACACUCAUGGUCGGGAAAUGAUAGAUGUGUUUGUGCACCAGCUUCUGGUCUUUACCACCAUUCUGGCGGGUCUGGUUACCUUCAUGGAAUUCCUCACAAAGAACAAUGUACUUCUGGAGCUCCUACGGUCAAGCCUCGUCAUACUACAAGGGACCUGGUUCUGGCAGAUUGCUUUUGUCCUGUAUCCUCUCAGUGGAAGUCCUGCAUGGAAUCUGUCAGAUAUUGAGAAUAAAAUGUUUCUCACCAUGUGCUUUACGUGGCAUUAUGCAUCAACCUUUAUCAUCAUUGGAUUAAAUUAUGCUUUUAUCACCUGGCUGACAUCUGGGCCUCAUCUUCUUAGGGGCUGGGGCCUCUUCAGGAACAGUCGCAGGAUGCAAGGACAAACUCUACUUCGUGUCAGCUCCCCUGCAGAGCCAACAGAAGACUACUGUCUCUUCCUGUACCAAAAGCCUUCAGAUGCCUAAUGAAUGGCUUGCCACUUACGGGUCCCUAGAAACAAGAAACGCCAGUUUUAUUUUUUACCCUCUCCCAAUCCCCACCGUAUGUUAUUCUAAUCUCUUUGACCAGACAGUUCCCUUUACCUGGUAUAUUCACACUAAAUACCUAUCUCUUCUUUGAGACCUCCUAUAAUUCCUCUGGCCCAUAUUGAUGUGUGUUUCCUGAGCUACCAAAGUAUUUCGUUUGCACUAGACACUUUAAAUAUUAUUAUAUGUCAAUUGAGAUGUUGACUACUUGCCCAUUAGCCCUCCCUGCCAGCUAGAUUGUAUUCCCAUGUGAAAGCAAUCUUUUUCGUAUCCCAUACCAACUGGCACAUUACCAGACAUAUAGUAAGGGCUCAGUUAACAUUUGUUAGCUGUUUAGUAGAUCUCCAUUUCAAAGACAUUUAAAUACAAACUUCAUUUGUUUGGAAAUUGUAUUUUAUAUGUUUCUUGAUUUUCCUUUAAUACUGAUUUUAAAAAGAUAAGAUCCAAGA